CGGCCGGGGAGAAAGGGAGGAGAAGGGGAGGGCCGGGAGGCGGGUCCCCGUGUCGGCGGCGAUUUCAAGCGCUGAGGGCGGGCUAAGAUGGCGGCGCGCGGGGCAGGAUGAGCGGCGGGCGGCAGCAAACCCUGCCUCAGGUGUGGCGGGCGCCCGGCGGCCGAGCCCAGCCCGGGGACGCGGGCAGCGACAGCGAUGACGACCUGCUGCUGGCAGCCGCGGCCGCGGCCGAUCCUGGCUCGGUGCCGGGCUUCAGCGAGGCGGCGGGCUCCAUCUGGAUCUACCCCACCAACCUGCCCGUGCGCCCGUACCAGGAGCGCAUGGCCGGCGCCGCGCUGCUGGCCAACACCCUGGUGUGCCUGCCCACGGGGCUGGGCAAGACUUUCGUGGCCGCCGUGGUCAUGUACAACUUCUACCGCUGGUUCCCCGCGGGCAAGGUGCUGUUCCUGGCCCCCACCAAGCCGCUGGUGGCUCAGCAGAUGGAGGCGUGCGGCCGCGUCAUGGGCAUCCCGUGCCGGGACAUGGCGGAGAUGACAGGAGGAACCCAGGCUCUGGGCCGCCGGGAGCUGUGGAGCACCAGGAGAGUGUUUUUCCUCACCCCUCAGAUCAUGGUCAACGACCUCUCUCGUGGCACCUGUCCUGCUGUGGACAUCAAAUGUCUGGUUAUUGAUGAAGCCCACAAAGCCCUUGGCAAUCAUGCCUACUGCCAGGUUGUGAGGGAACUGAGCAAAUACACGAAUCAAUUCCGGGUCCUGGCCCUGAGUGCCACCCCAGGCAGUGACACCAAGGCUGUGCAACAAGUUAUCUCCAACCUGCUGAUUGCUCAGAUAGAGAUGUGUGCUGAAGAUUCCCCAGAAAUUCAGCCUUAUUCUCACGAGAGGCUGGUGGAAAAAAUUGUAGUUCCACUUGGGGAAGAACUGGUGGAAAUUCAGAACACUUACAUCAAGGUGCUGGAAGCGUUUGCUGGGCGCCUGAUUAAUGUGGGAGUUUUAUCCAGGAGGGAUAUUCCCAGCCUGACCAAGUACCAGAUCAUCCUGGCAAGGGAUCAGUACAGGAAGAACCCCUCUGCACAACAUGCAGGAAUCCAUCAAGGCAUCAUAGAAGGAGACUUUGCCCUUUGCAUCAGUCUGUACCACGGGUACGAGCUGCUGCUGCAGAUGGGAACCCGCUCCUUGUUCAGCUACCUGUGGGGAAUCAUGGAUGGAUCCAAAGGUUUGUCCCGCACCAAGAACGAGCUGGGGCGCAGUGAGGACUUCAUGAAGCUCUACCUGCAGCUCCAGGACAUGUUCUCAGACACUGCUGUGGCUCCUGACAAUGGAGGUGCUUGCAAGAGCACCACAGCAAUGGGAAAGAAAAAGGAAUUUGUCUACAGCCAUCCAAAAUUAAAGAAAUUGGAGGAAAUUGUAGUAGAGCACUUCAAAUCCUGGAAACAGAGAUGUUCUGCAGGUGCAGCCCCAGGCUCAGCUGGGGACACGAGGGUGAUGAUCUUCUCGUCGUUCCGGGACAGCGUGCAGGAGAUCACCGAGAUGCUGGCGCGGCUGCGCCCGGCCGUGCGCGCCAUGACCUUCGUGGGACACUCCUCGGGGAAGGGCAGCAAGGGCUUCACCCAGAGGGAGCAGCUGGAGGUGGUGAGGCGGUUCCGGGAGGGGGGCUACAACACUCUGGUGUCCACGUGCGUGGGCGAGGAGGGGCUGGACAUCGGCGAGGUGGAUCUGAUCGUGUGCUUCGACGCGCAGCGCAGCCCCGUGCGCCUGGUGCAGCGCAUGGGCCGCACCGGCCGCCGGCGCCACGGCCGCAUCGUGCUCAUCCUGGCGCAGGGCCGCGAGGAGAGGACCUACAACCAGAGCCAGUGUAACAGAAGGAGCAUCACCAAAGCCAUCUCAGGGAACAAAACCCUUCGUUUCUACCAGCACAGCCCACGGAUGGUUCCAGAAGGCAUCACUCCCAAAGUGCAUAAAAUGUUCAUCACUGCAGAGAAACAGGAGCCCAGCAGCUCCAGGGUGUUUUCCAAAGGGAGGAGAUGCAGCUCCCUGCAGCACAAAUCUGCUCUCUCUGCCUGUGUCACUGACCAAAACCAAGUGAAGUCCCAUGAGAGCUGGUCCUUGUCACCUGAGGAGUUUGAAGCAUGGGACAGACUGUACAGGAUUAAGGAAAGUGAUGGGAUAAAGGAACCAGUGUUGCCUCGAGUUCAGUUUGAAACCUUGGAGAACCUGGAAGAGACACCAUUUGCCCUGCAGAGGCCCGAGGAGGGGAAGGUUCUGGAGCUCUCCCUGAGUGAAUGGAGCCUUUGGCAGAAUCAGCCCCUGCCCACGUCCCUGGUGGAGCACUCGGAUCGUUGUCACCUCUUCAUCAGAGCCAUGCAAAUGAUGGAGCUGAUGAAGCACCAGCAGGGAGACUGCAGCUAUGAGCAGGAGCUCCAGCCUCACCUGCACAUGGAGGAUGUGAAUGUUCCAGGCCACAAAAGGCAUCUCUCCACCUCCAACCCCCCCUGCAAGCAGAGAGCUCGCUGCUCCAGGAGAGACCUGGCAAAACCAAAACCAUUCCCAGCUGAACCAGGUGAUCAGGGCAGCGAGUUCUUCAGCAUCUUCAAAGUCACCAAAGCUCCCAGGAGAGCUCCUGGGCUCGGGGAGGAAGUGCCUGUGCUGCCUGAGGAUCCUCCAGCCUCUCCCCCAGGAGCAAGGCUGGCUGUGCCUGGACACUCUGACCUGGGCAGUGACAAGGACCAGGGGCUGGAGGUGACAUUUGACUUAAAUGCCUUUAUUGACCUGUGUGACAACAGUGACAGCCCUGCCAGCCCUGCCAGCCCAGCAGCACAGGAGUCCAGCCCUGCAGGCAAACCCUGUGGGAGGAUCCCUGGGGAUUCAGGGUAUGAGACAUCCCCCCUGGCCUCGGAGCUGUUUUAUCUCCCCGAAUCCUGCAGGGAUUCCUUCCCACUCCCGGCACCGCCCCAGGAGCCCCCAGGGCUGGGACAAACAUUCUCCCAGGUGCAAAGGCUUCUGUCCCAGUCCCCUCCCUCUGGGGAUGAGCUGCAGCGUUUGGAGAGCAUGGUGGGAGGUGAAGGAAUAAGAUCUUCUCUCCCAGAAGUUGUCCCCGAUGGUCACUCAGAGACACUGCAGGACAGCGUGUCCCCUGUGUCCCCAAAGGCUGAUACUCCACUGCUGCCCCUGCAGAACCCCACAGUGACAGUCCCCGGGGAAUUCUGUGCCUCAACAAGUCCCUGCUUGUCCAAAACUGUGUCAUCUGCCAAGGCUGCUGCUGCUGAGGAGGAGCAGCUCUGGAAUGACAGCUUUGAUGGCCUGUUUGACAGCCAGGAAUUCCCUGGAAUCCCAAACAACACUCCCAGCAUCAGCCACCCCCUUCCUUCAAAGGAGCCUUUCAUCCCCAGGGACACAGGACAGGCUGCAAAGGAGCAUUUCAUCAUCCCCAGGGACACAGGAGGGGCUGCAAAGGAGCCUUUCAUCCCCAGGGACACAGGACAGGCUGCAAAGGAGCCUUUCAUCCCCAGGGACACAGGAGAGGCUGCAAAGGAACCUUUCAUCCCCAGGGACACAGGACAGGCUGCAAAGGAGCAUUUCAUCAUCCCCAGGGACACAGGACAGGCUGCAAAGGAGCAUUUCAUCCCCAGGGACACAGGAGAGGCUGCAAAGGAGCAUUUCAUCAUCCCCAGGGACACAGGACAGGCUGCAAAGGAGCAUUUCAUCAUCCCCAGGGACACAGGACAGGCUGCAAAGGAUCAUUUCAUCAUCCCCAGGGACACAGGACAGGCUGCAAAGGAGCAUUUCAUCAUCCCCAGGGACACAGGACAGGCUGCAAAGGAGCAUUUCAUCAUCCCCAGGGACACAGGACAGGCUGCCCUUGAGGCUCCUGCUGAGGAGCAGAGUCUCCAUUUGUUUGAGGAUGAGUUUGGUGAGGAUGUGGGCGAGGGCAGCCCCAUGAGCACUGAGCCUCCAGCCAGGACAGCUGCAGCUGGGACAGGGAGAGAGGCAGGCAGGGAAUUGCCCUGUGUGAGCCCCUGCAGGGAGCAGCCCUGCACCAGGGGCUCCAUGGGGACAUCAGGAGUGGCUGAUCCCUACGACUGCUCCCAGGAUCUGUUCUCUGUCACCUUCGACCUGGGCUUCUCCAUCGAGGACAGUGGGGCUGAGAGCUCUGAGGACACCAGGAAUGCUGAGAGCCCCAAGCUGAAUGGGGUCCUGGGGAGUGCCCCAGGGGCUCAAUCCACUGAGCAUGCCAAAAUACCCCUGGGUGAUGGCUCCAGGCUGGAAACCUCUCCAGGAUGGGACUGCAGAAGGCUGGGGAGAAGGGACAUGUCCACACCUUUGUCCUUCCAGAGCAGGAAUGGCAGGGAAGGGACCAGGGCUGUCCUCAAGUCAGGGGGCAGCAGAAUGGGAGGGGAACCCCCUGAACCUUCAGCACUUCUGACCCCAACAAGCAGGAAGGGUGUGAACAUCAAAGCUGCCAAAAGAAUUCCUAUGAAAGUCUUCCCCAAUGCCAGGGGGCAGAUUCCAGAGGUGCCUCCUGGAGAUGAAGUCAAGGAAAGGCCUUGGAGGCAGAACUUUGGGAGAUCAGCCAUGGAGUCCCCUUCAGAGAGCCUGGAGCACACCAAGCCCCGAGGGUCUCCUGCUGCAGGACCCAGCAGCGACAGCGAGGAAGAGAUCGUUUUCCAGAGGAAAAACAGGAUAAAAAAGAAUGUUUUGAAAUCUCCUGAUGGGAUGGAUGAGAGCGACCUGGAGUCCCCAGCCCCGCUCAGCAGGAAGCGCCGGCGCCCCCGGAACGUGUCAGACACAUCCAGUGAGGACAGUGGGGACUUCCAGAGGGGCAGGAGCAGCUCCGGGGCCCGGCCCCAGCCGGGAGGGGCCAAGCGGCGGCGGCUCGGCAGGGCUGCCACGGACAAGGCUGAGGCCCGGCAGUUCCUGGAGCAGGAGGCUGAGCUGUCCCAGCUCGAUGCCGAGGGGAUCUCGUCGGACGAGAGCGACACCGAGGACGAGCUGAGCCCGUCCCUGGCCCAGUUCCUCGAUGAUGAGGGGGAGCCCACACAGGCCCUCAAUGACACUGAGAUGAGAGCAGUUUACCUGAGCUCCGUGCGCAGCCCCGCCCUGGGCAGCAGCUACAGGAUGGUCCGCAAGGACUUCAACCCCUCGGCCAUCUUCUCCCAGGUGGGAAGGGCAGGGGCUGCUCCUGUCCUUGGGGACUUCCCUUGGGGACCACAGUGACAUUCUUGGCCUGCCUGCAAGAGCAGCUGCAGCCUUUGUUUGGGGAAUUACAGAUUCCAGCACAAAACUUCAGCC